AUCACAGCGUGUUUCUUGAACAGAGAGAGAGAGAGAGAGAAGAGCGUACUUUUCUUUCUUUCAUAAUUUAUUCAUUCAGUCAUUGCUUCUUCGGUUGAAGAAUGGUAGAGAAACGAUGCGUUACCAUGUACAAGAAAAAGCACAUUUCUUGAAAUUGCUUUUUUCAUACACUAUCCUGCUGCUGUUGCUGCUGCUACUCUUGCUCUGAUCAAAGAAAAGCAUUUUUCAAUAGAAAAGCUGCUUCUGCUAUUUUCCUCUUCUCCUAUAGCUUUGAAGUGUAUGCUUGAGUGCAGUGCAUUUACAACAAAGUUCUGGGGUUGAAUAUUUGAUAUCAAAGGUGGGGUUUUGCAAAGGAGUGAGAUCAUAGAGACAAGUGCUUUUGAAGGAAGAGAGGGGAGCUGAAGUGUGAUAGUUUAUCUUUGGGACACAUGGAUCAGAGGCUUUCAACAGAUGUAGUGGACCAUAAGAAUGGCGCCUAUGCUGAGAUAAAAGAUGUGGAGAAUCCUGAAUUGGGAAUGUUUGAUAAGCCCCUUCCGUGCUUCGGCUGCGGAAUUGGGUGGUUUUCUCUUCUGCUAGGAUUGGUGUGCCCAUUGUUGUGGUACUAUGCGACGUUUCUUUACUUUCGGAAAUACUACCAGAGAGAUCCAAGGGAGCGAGACGGACUUGCUGCCAAUGCAGUAGCUGCUUUGAUAUGUACAAUUGCUGUGAUAAUUGCCGGAGUUGUUAUCCUCAUAAUCAAUCUUGCUACAAAUCCGCACUAGUAGUUAUCACUUGAGUUCACCUUCCUCAAGGGGAAGCAUGAACUGAUGUUUUGUAACUCAAGCGUCCUUUGGGAAAUUGAUAUUGGUGCAAGAAGAGCAAACUGAUGUCGCUGAAGGUUCAGUCACAUGAACACUAAAGUAGUUUUUGGGUUUCUCUUUAUUCUUGUGCAUAAUACAAACCUUGUAUAUUAAGAGAAUGCAACUUCUUAGAGCCUUUAGAUCCCACUCAGUGGGAAAUGUACCUGGUAGAUGAAAUUGUAGGAAAGUUAUUUGUUUGUAAAUGACACUUACGAAAAAUCUAUAUCUGCAUCUAUUUGGAUGAAUUUUUUUCCCGUUUUAUUG